AUGGCUUCUUCACUUCCUAUCUAUUCGCUGCAGGAUGUCUCGCGACAUAACACCACAAAAGACCUCUGGAUAGUAAUCGAAAAGGAGGUUUUCGACGUCACCCAGUUCCAGGCAGAGCAUCCCGGGGGUGAGAAGAUCCUGAAAAAGAUCGCCGGAAAGGAUGCAACGGUCAAAUUCCUCGAGUAUCAUGAAGCAUCAAUCCUCAGCCGUUAUCGAGAGCGCUUGCAAGUCGGAGUGUUGAAGGAGGAGACCCAGACCCCGGAGCCAAAGAGGGGAUUCCUCAGUGGUUUUUUUCGCUCAUGA